GCGCCCCAGCCCCCGCAGGUUUUAAGGCACAAGUCUGCUUCUUACAACAGCGAGGCACAUGGUUCCAGCGAGGCGCCGAACCCCACCGAGCCCGGGAGGAACCCCACACCGGUGGGACGCUCUGCACCGAGCCGCCUCCAGCCCGGGAGGCCGGGGGCCCCCAGCCCGAGAUGAGCCGCUAGACCCGGAGCGCUGCUCGCUGGCGCGACGGCCGACGGCGCCCGCGAGCUGGACCUGCUGGAGGAUGCUGCGGCAGGUGCUUCGCAGAGGGCUCCAGUCGUUCUGUCACAGGCUGGGCUUGUGCGUGAGCCGGCAUCCCGUCUUCUUCCUCACCGUGCCCGCAGUUCUGACCAUCACCUUCGGCCUCAGCGCGCUCAACCGCUUCCAACCCGAGGGCGACCUGGAACGCCUGGUGGCUCCCAGCCACAGCCUGGCCAAGAUCGAGCGCAGCCUGGCCAGCAGCCUUUUCCCCCUGGACCAGUCCAAAAGCCAGCUCUAUUCGGACUUGCACACCCCUGGGAGGUAUGGCAGGGUGAUCCUCCUCUCCCCACCCGGGGACAAUAUUUUGCUCCAGGCUGAGGGGAUCCUGCAGACCCACCGUACCGUGUUGGAAAUGAAGGAUGGGAGGAACAGUUUUAUUGGACACCAACUCGGCGGGGUAGUGGAAGUGCCAAACAGCAAAGACCCGCGGGUCAAGUCAGCCAGAGCCAUUCAAAUCACCUACUACCUCCAAUCCUAUGGCUCUGCCACCCAGGACCUCAUAGGGGAGAAGUGGGAGAAUGAGUUCUGUAAGCUGAUGAGGAAGCUCCAGGAGGAGCACCAGGACCUUCAGCUCUACUCCUUAGCAUCCUUCAGCCUCUGGAGAGACUUUCAUAAGACCAGCAUCCUGGCCAGAAGCAAAGUCCUGGUGAGCCUUCUGCUGAUUCUGACCACGGCCACUCUCUCCAGCUCCAUGAAGGACUGCUUGCGCAGUAAGCCCUUCCUAGGCUUCCUUGGUGUGCUCACAGUCUGCAUCUCCAUCGUCACUGCAGUGGGGAUCUUCUUCAUCACAGAUGGAAAGUACAACUCCACCCUCCUGGGAAUCCCAUUCUUCGCCAUGGGUCAUGGAACCAAAGGAGUAUUUGAGCUUCUGUCUGGAUGGAGAAGAACCAGAGAGAAUUUGCCCUUCAAAGACAGAAUAGCCGAUGCCUAUUCUGAUGUGAUGGUCACCUAUACCAUGACGAGUUCCUUGUACUUUAUAACCUUUGGCAUGGGAGCGAGCCCAUUUACAAAUAUAGAGGCUGUAAAGGUCUUCUGUCAAAACAUGUGCAUCUCCAUUCUGUUGAAUUACUUCUACAUUUUUUCCUUCUUUGGCUCCUGUCUCGUCUUCGCGGGCCAACUAGAACAAAAUCGCUACCACAGCAUCUUUUGCUGUAAGAUCCCUUCUGCAGAAUAUCUUGACCGCAAACCUGUGUGGUUCCAGACAGUGAUGAGUGACGGACGUCAGCAGACCGCCCACCACGAGGCUAAUCCCUAUCAACACCACUUCAUUCAGCACUUCCUCCGUGAGCAUUACAAUGAAUGGAUUACCAAUAUCUAUGUGAAGCCAUUUGUUGUCAUCCUCUAUCUCAUCUAUGCUUCCUUCUCCUUCAUGGGGUGCUUGCAGAUAAGUGACAGAGCCAAUAUCAUCAAUUUACUAGCCAGUGAUUCCCCAAGUGUUUCCUAUGCCACCAUUCAGCAGAAAUAUUUCAGCAACUACAGUCCUGUAAUAGGAUUCUAUGUCUAUGAACCCCUUGAGUACUGGAACAGCAGUGUCCAAGAGGACCUGCAGAGACUCUGUAGUGGGUUCACUUCAGUGUCCUGGGUGGAACAAUAUUAUCAGUUCCUGAAAGUUAGCAAUAUCAGUGCCAAUAAUAAGAGUGACUUUAUCAAUGUCCUGCAAAGUUCCUUUUUAAAAAAGCCAGAAUUCCUACACUUUCGAAACGAUAUCAUCUUCUCCAAGGCAGGGGACGAAAGCAACAUCAUUGCUUCACGGUUGUAUCUGGUGGCCAGGACUAGCAGAGACAAGCAGAGGGAAGUGAUAGAAGUAUUGGAAAAGCUGAGGCCCCUGUCUCUCUCCAAGAGUAUCCGCUUCAUCGUGUUCAACCCUUCCUUUGUGUUCAUGGACCACUACAGCUUAUCUGUCACGGUGCCUGUUCUAAUUGCAGGCUUUGGUGUUCUCCUGAUCUUAAUCCUGACUUUCUUCCUAGUGAUCCACCCUCUGGGAAAUUUCUGGCUAAUUCUUAGUGUCACCUCAAUUGAGCUGGGCGUUCUGGGCUUGAUGACAUUAUGGAAUGUCGAUAUGGAUUGCAUUUCUAUCUUGUGCCUUAUCUACACUUUAAAUUUCGCCAUUGACCACUGUGCACCACUGCUUUACACAUUUGUAUUAGGAACUGAGCACACCCGAACACAAUGUAUAAAAAACUCCCUGCAAGAGCACGGGACAGCCAUUUUGCAAAAUGUUACUUCUUUUCUUAUUGGGUUGGUCCCCCUCCUAUUUGUGCCUUCAAACCUGACCUUCACACUGUUCAAAUGCUUGCUGCUCACUGGGAGUUGUACACUUCUGCACUGUUUUGUUAUUUUACCUGUGUUCCUAACCUUUUUCCCCCCUUCCAAAAAGCACCACAAGAAAAAGAAGCGUGCCAAACAAAAGGAGAGAGAGGAAAUUGAAUGCAUAGAAAUUCAAGAGAAUCCUGAUCACGUCACUACCGUCUGAAGUGUGUAGACUAAUGGAUAAUUUUUCUUUUCCAGUAUUGCACAACGAAGCAGGGCGAGUAAAGCUCAGACCUCAGCUGCUUGGGCUGUCCAGUGUUAACAAGGCAAGUCAGAUCACAAAUGAAAUGAUUCAUGACACAAGAGGUCCACUUCACAGGGGUAAGAGGGAAUCAAAAAAAGGGGAAAGUUCUUUGCAACCUUGUUCUCCACUAAAGAUACGUUUCUGGAUGGAAUUCUAGAGCUCUUCCAAGGAACAGAUAAAUCAAUGGAGUAUUAGGAGGCAAAAAGGAACACAACCACAUUUUCAAAGAAUUGUUAAGAGAUGGAGAAAAAAAGAAUGGGGGACUCCAAAUAGAAAAAAAAAAGACAUAAAUAUCAAAGUUGCCAUGACACUUUUCAUGUUUGUUUGUUUGUUUUAACAGGUUGAUCAAAGGAAACCUAUGCACUUGGGAAGUACAUAUUUAAUCCUGUCUAUACCAAAGGACUUCCCAAUUCAUUUUAUGUGUACAUAUAUGUAUAUAUCUGAUAUAUACAUAUACUUAGAUUUGUCUUUAGUGUAUACAUUGACAUUUGUGUGAAGAAGAUGUCCAAAUAAAUUGGUAUUUCUCUAGAAUGUCAAAUCAGCCUUAGUCAAAUAUACAUGUAUUAGUGCUCAUUCAAAAUCAACUCAAGUAUUCAGCAGCAAGACCAUUAUUCAACUGUGCAGUACGCAACAUAGAGAUGUGAUCCCACUCAGUUCACUAUGUUGUGUGAUCUAUAUUUGAGAAUCUUUCUUUGAAUGGCUUAACAACAACAACGACAACACAAAUCAUAAAAGCAUUUGAAUUAAUGACCGUGUAGUCAAGAUCUUACAUCUCCUGUUAGAGCUCGAUAAUUGAUAUGGCUUUUCAUGGGCAUGUAAUGCUUCCUGUCCUUGGAAAGGCUGAUUUGCCUGCUUCCAGAGAGCUUUCCACUGCAAACGAACACUUUACACAUGCUAUCCAGACAUACAUGUAUAUGACACACAACUGUGUAUGUUGGGGUAUCCCAUAGUCACAGCUUCUCUCAUUUUAGAUGGCAAAAGUACAUUGCCAUGGAAUGUAGAUAGAUCAUAUAGAAGAAAGGAGACAUAACUAAGAAACUCGUGGUAGCAUGAAAUAGAGUAAACUGGGUCAUCAACAUUCUGUGAGGCCAUCGGCAGGUUCUUAGUGUAAGGAAAAUAUUCUAAUCCUAUGAAGUCUAGAGUGUUCCUUGCAUUAACAUUUGGAACAUUAGCACACACCAUGAUCACUCUACUGGAAUGCCAUUAUUCACUAUGUGUAAAGUGCUCAUCUACUGCCCCAUUCCCUAGGGCCAUCAUAGUUCUCCACAGGUGGUAUGUAG